AUGAACACAGAAGAGAAUUUUCAUGACAAGCCUCAGUCCAGAAGCAGAAGGAGGCAUGAUCUCCAGGAGAUGCUGACAGAAGUGGGACUGUCUGCUGACUACUGGAUGCCUAAGCUUCAGGAAGACCUAGGUGUGACCUCUGCCCAGGCCUUACAAUAUUUAGACAAAAGAGACCUCCAGAAGCUGAAGUCCCAGGUACAACACACGUGGGAGAAAAAGGCUCUGGAGAAGCUCCUUGACCUCUCACAGCCAAAUAGUGUUGCAGAGCUGCAGGAGACUCCAGAGGAGAUGAUAAAGAACAGGCAGAGGCAGGCAGGACAGGCACUGCAGGCUCUGAAAGCCUUGCAGUCAGAAGGGAAGCACAGAGAAGAAGAGGCAGUGAGGAGAAAAGAAGCAGAGCUGAGGCAAGCAAUGGAGAUCCCUGAGGAGUGCUGGCCAGUGCCUGAAGUGCCCCUAAAAGACAUCACUGAAAUAAUGGAGAGACAUCUCAGUCACAUGGAACAGACCCUGACUCAGAGCAAAAACCUCUCAGAUAGAGACCUGGUCAGAUGGGCAUCUGGAGGACUGGCCCUGCAGGGAAUUUAUAAGACCUGCCAUCAAAAAGACCUAAUGGCAAGGAGAGAAGAUCUUCUUAGGGUCCCCAAGGAAUUCUUCCUCUUUGGACCUGAACAAGGAAAAAGGAUGGAAGCAAAAGAAUUCACAUCUUCUCAAGCAGAAUCCAUGUUCACUGAAGCUGUCCAGAAGCUGGGAUUUGGAGCAAUGGCAUCAACCAAGGGUGGACUCUGGGGAUUUAGUUCAGAAUUUGGUAUCAAGCAAAGCAAACAUUCAGAAUGGAAAGACACCCACCAGUCAAACUCAGAACAUUCUUAUUUCUGUUCAGCAAAGUAUAGCUAUGUGCCCCUGGCCUCCUUCCACUUUCGAACUGAUCAGCUUCAGCUCUCCACAGCUGCUCUCAAGGAGUUGAAAAUCAUUGAAGAGCAACUGGAACACACUGAAGAUGCAGACAAAUUUCUCUCACUGAGAAACAGGACUGAGAAAUUCUUCAACAGAUUUGGUUCUCAUGCUAAUCAAGGCCCUUUGCACCUUGGGGGAAUUUACUGCUGGAAGGCCAUUUCAGAGGGUUUCAAAAGUGACCAGCUAGAUCAAGUGAAGCAACAGGCAGCAGAGGCCUUAGACAGUUACAUAAAGGGGAGCUACAAUGGUGUUGGAGUUGAAGUUGGAGCAAGGAUGAAAACAUCAGAUUCGUAUUCAGUGAGAUCCUGCCAAAAUGCAACAAAUCAACAGCUCCAAAUCAAUGUCCAAGUUUCUGUGGCCCAGACAGGUGGACCAGCAGAAUCAAAUGGAAUUGUCCAGUGGACAGCUGGCCUUCUCACAAGCAACAAAACCUGGUCUGUCAUUGACAAGGGACUUCACUUGGUGCCCAUUUGGGAUAUCAUCCUCAACAGCCACAGAGGUGAUUUUAAGGAUCCCCUUCAAGUGGCUAAAUGUUUGAAAGACAACUACACUGCACUGGCUGGCCUUCCUGCUCAGAUACAGGAUGAGGAAUAUGUGUAUAGUACUGGGCAAGAAACUAGACUUUUUCAAAAGAAUAUGAAAUCCCAAGAGGUUUCUUACUAUGAGGGGAAACUUAAGAUACUGAUAGAUUCCAUGCAAAUACUGCAUCAAAAAAUUAAAAAUUAUGCCAUUUGGAUUUACAUUUUUCUCACAGAUUGGCAAUUGCAGAAUUUUCUACUAAGCACAGUCAACGUUCUGAAGAAAGCUGCCACUUAUAUAACUCAAUUUAUUAAUGCCCAUGAGUGUAGACUCAAUGACGGUGACUAUAAAGCCACCACUGCUUCUUUGAAGAUAAAAAAAAAGUUGCAAUGGCUCUGCCUUAAAAAGAAACAGACUUGUAACAAAAAAAAUCAUGAAACCAACGCAAAGGAAAUGACAGAAGUGGAAUCUUUCCUGGACUUACUCCAGCGUCUAGGCCUAGAACAUUUCUAUCCAAAAAGAAUGAGCAGAGCUGACUUCCAUCUGAUCUACAAGACCUCUGUGUACAAUUCACAGCCAAGGUCUGAAAAGGAGCUUCCUAACCAUUUCCUACAAAAAUUACUGAUGUUGGAUUGCAGGUUGAGAAAACUGACCUGCAAAGAUGAAGAAGACCAUGUCUUUAAAUUUUCCUUCGGUCAGAACAAUGAGGCUUUUGAUCCAUAUGAAGAGUCCUUUGAAGACAGUGAUGACAUCAUGAAGUCAUUAGCCAAAAAGUCACAGCCCCACAUUCACCCGAUGGAUAUCCAGAUGGCCAUUUUACACUGUGCAGAUGAUCUUGCCAGGCAAUAUAUUUUGUCCAAACUUUCUAUCUGUCAAUAUGCACUCCCCCUUGUGGUGCCAAAUCCUAACACUUCUCAAAUGGAAUUCUUUCUCUGGUCUCUCAGACAAAUUAGGCGGAGUUGGCAAGAAUCAAGUGAGUCACCGCAGGAUAAGAGAUACAGUCACAAGGAUCAGCAGAUGUGUCAUGUCUCUACCCCCAUUGUGUCCUUCAUUAGAGUUGGAAAUGGCCUCUCUGCUUCCAAAUCUCAGAUCAUGAACUCUCUCCUCAGUAAACGUAAACAUGAUGUGUUUUUUCACAGACACUGCAGAGGAAGCAGCAAACACUGUCUCUUGAUGGAGGGAGUAGUAGAAAUCUGCUGGUUCUGUCCUGGAGGCCUCGAUAAUGACUUAUUUGACAAGUGUCUGACCUUCACCAAUCUUCAUGGAGAUGCCAAGGCACAUACCCAACAACUCAGCUUCCUGCAAGAUGUCUCUUCUGUCAUUGUGAUCCUCAUGUCAAUUUCUGAUAACAAUAAAGAAAAUCAAAAGCUUGUCAGACACCUCUGUCAGUCAUCAACACCUUUGAUUUGCUUGAUUGAUGACAAAGAAAAAGUCAUAGCAAAUAAUUCUGGUAAAAGAAUGAGAAUUGGUAUCAAGAAUAGAAAUGAGGCAGAAAUAACAGAGGAGCUCACCAAUGCCAUCAAACAUUUUCUAGAGCUCUCUAACACUACUCUCAGUUUGGAGGACUGUUCCCAGACAGCUAGAAAACAAGGAUUCCUUAUUGAUGAAGACCAGAGAGACUGCAAGGAAGCCAAAGAAAAGGCACAGACUAUAAUGGCUCUACUAUCAGAGUGGAAAUUAUCAGAGAUAAAGGAAAAUUUGCUUCCCCUUCAGGGAAAACUCUGGCAUAAUUGGUGUAAAAAAGACAAAGAACUCUAUCAUCUGACAGAAAAAGGAAAUCGAAGUAUUGAUCAACAUAAAAGUGAAAUUCAUAGACAGAAGCGAAAAAUACGAUACCAACAAUUAGAAAAAGUCUUUCAACUCAAUGAUGUAAUGAGUUCUUUCCUGGAUAUCCUUCAAGAACAUGAAGAAGCUUCAUUCAAACACUACUUCUUGCACUGGCUGAGUUUGUUUUUGCACAACUUAACCAUAGGACAUUUGGUGAAAUUACAGCAAGAACAAAGGUCCUUGUGGUCAAUGAUACAAACAGAAAAACAAAAGAAAUGUAACAGCAACUCCUUGCAACUCUGGCAAAAGCAAAUAGAAGCCAUCUCCACAGAAAUUCUCGCCUGUACAUUUGGAAUUGAGCACCUUCUUCGAGAAAUUGGGCAAGUCUAUGAGGCUCUGGAAGAAACUUCUUCCAAUAAAAAUGAAAGAUUUCUCUCUCUCCCUGAGAUUGCUGCAGACCUGAUGAUAGCUGGUGUUCCCAUUGAGCUGAUGGAUGGGGAUGCUUCAUAUGUGCCUCUGAAGUGGGUAGCAGCUAUUUUUGACAAGAUCUCAGAAAAAACUGGAAACAAAAGGCUGUUUGUUCUCUCUGUCCUUGGCCUGCAGAGCUCAGGGAAGUCCACACUGUUAAAUGCAUUGUUUGGGCUUCAAUUCACAGUCAGUGCAGGCAGGUGUACCAAGGGGGCCUACAUGCAACUCCUGAAGGUGGAAGAGACAUUCACAGAAGAACUUGGCUCUGAUUAUGUGCUUGUUGUAGACACAGAAGGACUUCGGGCUCCAGAACUCAACACCAAAUCCCAGAAAUGGGACAAUGAGUUGGCAACAUUUGUCAUUGGCCUUGGAAACUUGACUCUGAUCAAUAUUUUUGGGGAGAAUCCAUCAGAGAUUCAGGACAUCCUACAAAUAGCUGUUCAAGCCUUUUUGAGAAUGAAACAAGUAAAAAUCUUCCCUAGUUGCCUCUUUGUCCAUCAGAAUGUGGGAGAAGUUACAGCAAAAGACCAAACUAUGGAAGGACGAAGGAGACUGGAGCAGAAACUGGAUGAAAUGACAGCAUUGGCUGCUGAGUUGGAAGAGUGCUCAAACAUAACCCGCUUCAGUGAUGUCAUUAAGUUUGAUGCCAAUAGUCAUGUCUACUACUUUGCUCACCUAUGGGAUGGUAAUCCUCCAAUGGCCCCUCCCAAUCCUUGCUAUAGCUACAAUAUCCAGGAACUAAGGAAUGCAAUUCUUUUGACUGCCCAGCAAGAAUCUAGGGGAAGGAUCUUGAAAAUCUCAGAUGUAAAAUUUCGAGUUCAAGAUUUGUGGAAAGCUCUUAUCACUGAAAACUUCAUUUUCAGCUUCAGGAACACCCAAGAGGUCAUGGCCAUGAGCAAACUGGAAACCAUGUAUAACCACUGGACCUGGGAGCUGAGGAGUCACGUGCUGGACUUACACAAUCAGCUGAACAAUCAGAUUCAAAAUGGGAUAAUCCUGACUCUCACAUCCAACUUACUGGAGGAUCCACUUAGCAAGAAAUAUAAAACCAUCAAAGAAGAAUUUGACAAAUAUUUUGAAGAAGACCCAGAUAGUGAAAUACUGGUUCAAUGGAAAGCAAAUUUUGAACAUAAGAUACUAAUCCUUAAAGAUUCACUUAUUUCAGACACCAGAAGGAAAUGCAAUGAACUUAUCAGUCUUAAAAAAAGCCAAGAAAUACUAGAUAACCAAAAGUCACAAUAUGAAAAUGAAUUGUUAGAGAAUUGCCAAAAGUUAGCUCUAAGUGUGAAGGGUAAGGAAUUAAGUGAUGAAGAGUUGCAUGAGAAAUUCAGUCAACUUUGGACAAAAUGGAUCUACAGUGUGUCUUCGAAUGUACCUCGUGUCACAGAGCCUAACAUUGAUUUGGAUUCUGAAAAUAUCUUUCUUGAAUAUUUCAAGAAGGACAAUACUAUUGGGGAAAGACUAAAAAGAAAGUCUGGAAAACCAUUUGAAAUCAUGUAUGACAAACAUAUUCAAAUGAAAAAAAAAUUUCAUUUACUUUCAAAGAGUUUAGAAGCCCGUCAUAAAAAAUCCAUCAGGAAGACUACUAACAACAUUUAUUUAAAGUUUACUGAGACAAUUAAAAAUAUUUGGAAACAAAAGCGUGAUUACAGUCAAAAUUACUUUCAUGAAAUUCUGAGGAUCAUAGAAAAUGAGGUGAAAUCUGAACUCUGUGUAGACUACACAUUUACCAGAGCCUACACCAUUGACUUAUCCUUGUACUUAUUCGAAAGAGCAUCCAAGAGCUUCAAGGAAAUGCACAAGGCAUUCAAGAUUGCGAACGACCCUGUGAAGUAUCUGGAGAGAAAGAAAGAGGAUUUCUUUAUGAGUUUUAAGAUCUCCUGCCAAGGUGCCACCUCAUUAAUCACAUCCUUUGUUGACUUCCUAUGGCUCAAGCUCACUCCUGCUAUCUCUGCCAAAAUAUGGGAAAUGAUGGGUCUGAAAGUAGCUGGAGACAUUCGAGCCACCUGCCCUGAAUUCAAUGGAAACAGAGCCAACUUGGAGAAACAUAUUCUCUACUCUCUAGCAGAAGAAGAAAAUUUUGAUAAAUACUGGCAAUACUUUCAUCAUCCAGAAUCAUUUUUCAGGGAUUUCAUUAGAGACCACAUUACACGAUACUGUUCAGAAAAAGAAAAAAUAAAAACUUUUCUAAAAAUAAGUUUAGGUGACAUCAAGAAUGCCAUCCUGUCUGCCAUUCAUGAGUCCACAGCAGAAGCUAAAGAUAAAGGCAGCACUGCAUCUGGCUGGCUGGAUUUGUUCUGUGACCAUCUAGGGAGCAACCUGAUUUUCCCAAGAAAAGACCUGGUAAGCAUCGAGCACCAGGAGAUAACGGAUACAGAGUUUCUCAAAGAAGUCAUGAGCACAGCUUUGGAUUCUACAAUGAGGAAAGUAGAAGAGGACUGUUCAAGAAAGCCCAUGGAUGAAAUGAUCUCUGACAUUGAGAAAAUUCUCUCUGAACAUCUCUGAGGCUGCUGGAAACAGUGUCCUUUUUGUAAUGCAAUUUGUACAAAUACCAGUCCUCAACAUGAAGGAGACCACAGUGUGCCAUUCCACCGUCCUCAGGCUGUUACUGGUUGGUAUAAGCAUAAAACAGACCACUUUGUCAUUGAUUGUUGUAGCAGUUCAGUAGCAAGUGAUCGUGUCUUUCUUUGUGGUGGCCUCCAGUGGUUCCCAUACAAAAAAUAUCGAGAAGCAGGAGGUGAUUUUGCCACAUGGAGCAUCACCCCAGACUCAUCUACCCAGCCAUAUUGGAAAUGGUUUGUCUGUCAUUUCAGAUCAAAGCUAGAAGAGAAAUACAGCAAAAAUUUUAGAAAAACAGGUAGUCUUCCAGAUUUAUGGACCAAAAUCACAAAGCAAGAGGUCCUAGAUGACUUAAAAAAAUAUUAA